CGUUCAAUCGUAAUUUUUAGUCAUCCCGCGAACGCGAUUUUUUUCUAAUAAAAUUGAGUUGGUUUCGUCUAAAAAAGAUAAAAUCUUUCUUUUCGUACUCAGUGUUAUGAUAUUAAAUGAAAUUUGAACCAUGCAACAACCAACUGAAAACUGUAUGCAGGAAAAAAAUUUUCUGUUUGAAAGAUCAGAUUUGAAUCGACAAACUUCCAGAAUGUUAUUUGGAAAAUGGAAAUUCGGGCAAGUGAAAUAUUCUAAUUCGUCAACAAAUUUGUUUUCACAGACCAAUUUGUUUCACAAACAAUCAUUCGAAAAUACAUCCGACUCGUUUGUUACACCACCAAUGGAUAAAAUAUGUAUAACAACGCCAAAGGCACCAGUCAAGUAUAAAAAGCAAAUUAAGAAGGGAGGUUUAAGGCCAAAAAAGUUACAUUACACCGACGAUGAAUUGGAUGCCAUAGAUAGCGGCGUUUAUAUUCAAUUUAACCAAUCAAAUAAUAUGUUUCACAAACAACGUAUAGCAAAAUGCAAUAGAUUCGAUUCUUCGCAGAGUCAAAUACAUAGAUUACGCGUGAAAUUAGACAAGAUUAAGGUACAAACGAAUGAUAAAGAAAACGAUAAAAAUAUUAUAGGAAACAACAAAAACAAUGUAGUACAAGAAUCUUCUGUAGUAUUCAAUCCAAAUGCAGAAACAUUAUCACAAUGUGACAAUAAUCUUAAUUGGAAAGAAAAAUUAUAUUGGCUACAGCCUAGAAGGGAUGUCGGUGUAUGGAUUGAAUGCUGUAGAAAAAAAUGUAAAAAAUGGAGAUACGUUGAAGAUUAUCAUGAUCCAGUUGAUGUGCCCAAAAUAUGGUAUUGUGAAAUGAAUUCUGACAAAUCAAUGGCAUCUUGUGAUAUAUCAGAACAUCCUACAUCAUGUAGCAUCAAGACUGAUUUAAUUGAAAAUGCUUAUAACGCAGGUAGCAUUGUUUGGGCAUACGUCAAAGGCUACCCAUGGUGGCCUGGUAUUAUUAACGACUGUCCUGAUACUUGCACAUAUUACAAAUUACCUAAAAAUUCCUCUAAACCUAGCAAAUACUAUGUCACAUUCUUUAACAAAGAAAAACUUGAAGCCAAUUGGAUUCUGAAACGAAAUCUUAAACCACUUGCAACAAAUAAAUAUAGUACACUUAUUAAAAAGACCAAGUUUAAUGGAAUUGAUUAUCAACAGCUCUUACAAAAAGCACACAAAACAGCUACAGAUGCUCUUGCAUUAUCAAUUUUAGAAAGGUUAAGAAGAUUCAGCUUUUUGGCACUAUAUGAAAAAUUUUAUGAUAUUAAUAACAAUUCAACACAAUUAAUUAGCAACACUACAAGAACCGAUAUUUUAUCAGAAAUGGAAACAAAUUCAGAUGAUGAAAUAUCCUGUUCACAUCCCAUAAACAACCAUUACACUUUGAAAGAAUAUUAUUUAGAAGUAAUAUGUAAAAAUCGAAACGCAUUAAGUAAUGUUGUGAAGUAA